AUGUACAGCGGUCGCCUGGACAUCGACGAAUCGAAUGUUCAGUUGUUACUGAGUACGGCAUCCAUCCUUCAAUUAGCUUGCGUCCGCGACGCUUGCUCCAGAUUUCUUUUGGAACAACUGGAUGCAACGAACUGCUUGGGAAUCGCUUCUUUUGCUCAGACCCACAAUUGCACCCAACUAGCUCAUGCUGCUCAAAUGUUUACCCACCAACAUUUCAGGUGA